AUUUUACAUAUUAUGACACGUACGGUUUAAGAACUAUAGGCAAAUUUUCAUCUAUUUAUAAUUUUGCUAUUAUUUUUUUAAGAUUAUAAAUCAGUGGAAAAUAUCUCCUUUUUCUGUUAAUGUUAUUAGGAGGAUUUUAUAAAAUAUGGGAACUAUAAAUUCUUUUGUUGGGUUGCUAUGCGAGUCUCCUUAUCGCUUAACAUUAAAAAUGCAAAAACGAUUUAAUGUUUUUGUUAAAUACUUAAUCUGGGGGUCGAUAAGAAGGCAAAUAUUCUAUAAAGGGGUCGAUGGGAUAAAAUGUUUGGGGACCCCCUACUUUAGACAGAGAGUAUCAACAAUAGAUGCAGCAUUAAGAACGAAAGAAUUUGUAAAUACAGCAUGGGGGAAAGGAAAACAUGCAAUCUUAAUAAAAAUAGAUUUUCAAAAGGCAUUUGACCACGUGGCGGCCAGGAAUAAUGAAACGUAUAUAUGAAAUUAAGUGUCCAAAGAACAUCAAAGAUAUUCUCCAAGAUUAUUUAACUAAUCGACAAGUAGGAUUCUACUCCAACUGCACAACUGUCAUCAAACAAAUAAAUAGAGGAUGUCCACAAAGGUACAGAAGUGGGCCAGGACUAUGGAAUUUAGCAAUGGACAGUUUACUAAACAAAAUUCCAGACACCGACGACAGUAGAAUCCAAGCAUUUGCGGAUGUCACACUUCUCAUGAUAUCAAACCAAAACUGUAAUAGACUCGGAGACAAAGCAAAUAAGAUACUUAAAGAAAUUUAUGAAUGGAGUAUUAAUUAUAAACAACCUAUCAACUUUAACAAAUGCGAGGUGGUAGUAUGUACCCAAAAAAAUAAAAUCAACUGAAGAAACCCAUAGGAAUAAAAAUUGGUGGUAAAAAUAUAAAAAAUGUUUCUUAUAUCAAAUACCUUGGAAUAUAUUUUGAUAGACAAAUGAAUUGGAAAAUACACAUAGCAAGUUUUAUCACUUUUUUUGUAUGUUUCUUCUAACUUAUUAGAACAUAUAACUAGAAAUACUUGGGGUAUGAGUUCGAAAAACACAAGACUGAUCUACAAAGAGGCUAUCGAGCUGGCAGCACUAUAUGGAGUACAAAUUUGGGGAGAAACGAUAGAUAAAAUACACAACAAAAGAAAACUCAUCUCAAUCCAAAGAAAGGCAGCAAUAAGAAUCUGCAAAGCAUAUAGAACAACCCCAACGGAUGCUCUGUUAGUACUAGUGAAACUGAAACCCAUAAAUUGGAUAGCAAAAGAUCUCAUCUGGGAAAAAAAUCUCAUCUGGGAAAAAAAUCUAAUAAAAGAAAGUUUACAAAGAAAAACCAAAGAAGAAAUAAACAAAGAAAUUAACGAAGGAAAACUUCCAAACGACAUAAAGAUGAUAGAAGACAUUAUAGAAAACGAAACAGAAAAUAUAGAUAAAUCAAAAACACUGUGACCCAGCAGAUAUAGAAACAUAUAGAGUUCAUAUGGAUAAACAAGAGAAUGCCACGAAACAAAAGAGUUUUAAAAUAUAUACUGACAGUUCGAAAACACCAUCAGGUGUAGGCAGCGGAAUAAUCAUCAUAAAUGAAAACAAUAGAACUCAAUGCCAGGCUUCUAUGAAAAUUGCAAACUAUUGCACUACGAUGCAAGCAGAAAUGUAUGUGGUUUAUGAAGCUCUCACAUGCAUCAAUAAAAGGAACAAUCGUCCAAACAAACAAUUGAAUAUUUACACUGACAGUAGAGCAACACUACAUAUCCUGGAAAACAAGAAUAGAAAAAACAGGCUCACAGAUGAACUCAUCAACAUCUCCGAAGAAGUUAACAAAAAAAUUAAAAUCACUUACAACUGGGUUCCAGAUCAUACAGGACAUCAAUGGAGCGAAAAAGCCGACACACUGGUUAAAAGAGCUGCCAGUAUCAACAUUCCAAUAACCUACGAAAGAAUACCAAUAACAGAAAUAAAAAAUAAUAUAAAAAACAUUACAGAAGAACUAUGGCAAGAAGAGUGGAAUACAUCAUCUACAGGAAGACAUUGCCACAAAUUUUUUCCAAACAAAAGACAGAUUUCAAAAUAAACACUUUAAGCUAUCAUUUGGUGUGACUCAGUGUCUAACAGCACAUAGAAACUUCAAGUCUUACUUGUACUGUUUUCAAAAAAUCAACAACCAAUAUUGUGAAGGGGAUACCAGCCAAGAAGAAAAUGUAUUUCACUACUUAUUUGAGUGCACCAAAUUCAACAAAGAGAGAACUUUAUACAAAAGUGCCUCAUGGCAGGCUUCAAUUGGCCACCUAAAGAAACAGACCAUGUGAACAACAAAACUUUAUUCACCGCAUUAGAGAAGUACAUCAACAAUACAAAAAUUUUCAUUGAAAUAAACAACACAAGAAAACCACGACAGAAAAGAAAGCGAUGAAAUUGAAAUUGAAAAAGAAAGUGACCAAGAAGGAGAAGAAAGUGACAACACCGAAAAUACAUCCAACAGAGACGACGAAUAAACUUUACUCACUGUGAUGAUGCUCAAGUGCAGCAUUAAACAUAGAUUUGAUGAAUUGUUGAGCAAAAUUGGCCUGCUAAUUAUAUGUAAAAAUACAACUUAUAGGAAAAGCAUAUCACCUGCUGAACAACUUGCACUGACAUUAAGAUUUCUUGCACAUGGAGGAGAACAACAAAUAUGUGCAUUAAAUUAUUGCAUUGGUGUUUCAACAACACAUAAUAUAGUGAAACGAGUAUGUGAUGCAAUAUGGACUGUGCUUUCUAGUGAAUAUUUUAAGAUUCCUGAUAAAGAAAAUAUUGUAGAAAUCAGCAAAAAAUUUAAUAUGUAUUCCAACUUCCCCCAAUGCUUAGGAGCAAUAGACAGUAAACAUGUUGUUAUUCAGCGACCAAAACAUUCUGGUACCGUCUAUCAUAAUUACAAGGGUACGAAUAGCAUUAUUUUAAUGGCUGCGUGUGAUGCUGAAUACAGAUUUACAAUAGUUGAGUUAGGUGCACCCGGUAUCUGUAGUGAUGGAGAGGUGUUUAGUAAUUCUGUACUGUAUUUGGAAAAUUAAUCAAACAAAAAAAAAUUGGAUUUUCCUGCAGAUGAGAAAUUGGCAGGGUCAAAUGUUAAUGUUCCAUAUUGUUUUGUGGGGAUGAGGCCUUUCCUCUCCUUCCAAAUUUAUUACGUCCUUACCCUGGUAAGAAUCUACCUCUUGAACGGGCAGUCUUCAAUUAUCGCAUGUCUUGUGCAAGAUGAAUUAAUGAAAAUACAUUUGGGAUAUUAGCAGCCAGGUAGUGCAUAUAUAAAAAUAUUAUUAAUGCUAAUCCUGAAAACGUUAUAAAAUUUGUGAAGGCAACAGUAUGCCUACAUAAUUACCUCAGGACAUAUGAUAUAAGAUGUCUGUCCCAGGAAGGCGCUUAUUGCACCAGUAAUUAUGUGGAUUCCAAAGGAUUUAAUGGUGAAAUAAAUCCUGGUCAGUGGCAUAAUGAAACAGAAACAAACGAAGCAAUGACAGACAUUACUACAUGCUACUGUAUUUUAAAAAAUAGUGGUAGUGAUGCGUAGAAAGUUUGCAAAUUAUAUCAAGACUUUUUUAUGAGUGAACAAGGUUGACUUCCUUGGCAGAAUGAAGUUGUGACAAGAGGAUCAACUCCAGAAUUGUGUAAAUAAAUUAAUCUAUUAAAAAACUGUAAAAAUAAAAUUUUAUUUACAUAUAAAAAUAAACAUUUUUAUUCCAAUUCCUCUGCUUCUUCAAAGGCUUCUUCAAUUUUUUUUCCGUAAAUUAUUAUUAUUUUUUUUACAUUUUAUUUCGCAUUAAC